AUGAAGGUCGCCGAAACUGGCACUGACCGCACGGCCUCCGCGCACAUCUACGUCGAUGGUCGAGUAAAGCCACUUGAAGAAUACGGCCAGUACAUUGAUGCUCGCGACAACGCCGUCUGCUGCUAUGUUGCUGUCGAGGAAGGACAAAAGAUCAAGGUCGAUGGUCGCUUUUCAGGCGUGACUCUGGCCGUUUCCUAUGACUUCUUGGUAGAUGGGGUAUGCCGCAAGGCCCAUAUCUACGCCAGCAAAUCUGUGCAACUGCAAAAGAGCAAGAAGCUUGAAUUCGAAAAAUUCCUCUAUCAAACACCAGACGGUGUCAUCGACACGGAUAUAUUGGUUUCCCCACAUUCAGAACCCGUAACCCACAGCAAGGAUGCACCUGAAACCAUUGGUACAAUGGACCUACGCGUCUAUAUCACGCGCCAGCUGGGUAUCGAGCACGACAUCAACGACAUUCACAAGUACGAUGAAAUCAAAGAUAACGCAAACAUCGGCGCUCGAGUUGCGAGCUACAAAGAUGUGGCGCCUCAGUUUCAUAUGACCUUUGAGAAAAAUUGCUCCACACUUGACGGCGCUAAGGGCAACCGGGAGAGAAGGAAAGUCUAUGCGAAGCGUCCCGGCACAGAGCCCUGGGCGAUCUUUCGCUUCCACUAUCGCAGCAAAGAGUCAAUCCUCGGCAGCGACAUGAAAUUAACGUUCUGUGCGGACGACAAAAAUCUCGCAAAAGCAGAACCUCAUGCUCUUGAGUUCGAACUUGUACCGGAGUUGCCGUUAGGAUCCAAGCCAGCAAGUAAGAACGAUGGAGACUGUUCAGUGCGCACCUCGUCGCCUGCACCUACUGACAUGCCAUCAACCCCCAUCAAGGGCUCGAAGAGGACCAAUAUUUCUCAGCCCAAAGCCGUCGUCAGGAAGCAACACACCAAAACGACUUCUGCCACUACGAACUCAAAUCCACCAAUGAUGCCUAUUAUCGACAUUGAAACUGCAACGGUUGCUAAAUUAUCUACUCGUAACGCUCUCGAUACGUUGGAUGUUGACGAUGGUCAGUCUGCACUUCCGCAAGUCAAGGACGGCUCAUCCACUACUGCCAGGGGCACCGAAACCGAUAAGCUGAUUGACAGCGCCUCCGCUGCUACCAAGGACACUGACGGCAAUUUGUUCACCUUGUGUUCAAAGAAGUCAACUAAGAAGGUAGCAAAGAAGGCCUCUAUUGACAUGCCAGACACACCUGUUGAGUGCAAGGAAUCGGUCGAGAAAGUCGAGGAGCCCAGCGACGAACUGCAGCUUGGAAUGGCAGAUGUAGCCCCCAAGACCUCUACUACGAAGGCGGACAACAUACCAGCGAUGUCGACAUCUGCGGACCUUCAUAGCAUCCUCCAGCCUCCUGCAACUCUAAGCACGAUUGUCGCCCAGUCAGCUAUUACGUCCAGCACCAAGGAUAUCGUCAAAAAUGGCGCUCAGCCGUUCGUUCCGCCUUUCAGGAAGACUACGGCUAGGCCUGCGCUCCUCGACACGACUACCUCCACGCUCUUGAAAAAACCGAUGGCCGUUCUCUCGCCCGUUACGCCCGUGAAGCGCGCUCCAGGAGGCACCUUGACCCCACCACCAAACGUCAAGCGCAUCAAGACCGACCUGGUACCACCCUCAACGCCGACCAUGCCUGCGCGUCUUUCUUCUGUAUCGCCAAGCCCUCGUGCGAUGUCAAUCGAGGCUCAGGUCGCAGAACAGCGUAAGCGACUCGAAGCUACGCGCAAGAAGCGGGCAGAGAUGGCAGCGAAGAAGGCUGUUAUCGACGAGCGUAUGGCACCCUAUAAACAGCGCAUGACUGACGAGUUGGAGCGACUUCAACAAGAGAUGGCCGCCGAACAGAGCAUGCUGGACGAAGAGGAGGAGGAGAUACAUGCUAGCGAGGCGAUGCUGGCCGAGUUCGAACGUGCGGGUGACAAUGGUGUUUAA